AGAAGCAGAGGGUUAUUGUCUGUGUCUUUGAUAGCUGCUGUGGUCAAGAAUUCUUACCUACAGCUUCAGCUUGAGAAGGAAUUGAGGGCUCAAUUCUUUUCACCUCUUCUCAUCUUCUCUGUUGAAAUGGCCAGGAAUACAAUCACCUCAACGGUGAUAGUUCGUGAUGUUCUUUCAGAGAGCAAUUAUAAAGAGUGGAGCAAUUGCAUGAAAAACUAUUUAUUGGCUCAAAAUCUUUGGAAUGUUGUUGAAUCGAGCAAUGUACCGUCUUCUACUGAUGAAGAGGUUACCGCUAAUUGGAAGAGAAAGAAUGCUGCGGUUCUACACGCUCUUCAAAUCUCAUGUGCACCGGAGAUUUUUGCUCGGAUAAUGGGAAAAACUUCAGCGAAAGAGGCUUGGGAAGAAUUGGCUAAAAUACAUGAAAUGAAGAAUAAAUGGCACUUGGAUGGACCUCAAUCAUCAAGGCAACUUUCAGAGCUCCGCAGAUUCUUUGAGGGACGCAUUAGAGGGAAAACGGAGCCCAUUGAAAGGAGUCGUACCAAGGAAUUCUUAGAAGCCACUUACGAGAGGAACUGGGAUACCUUAGCGAGAUUGUUAGAAGAGGGUCAGCUUCCUGGAAAAAAUCCACAAUUUUUGUCUGAUAAUACUAGCCUUCUUCAUCUUGCAGUAAAUUCCGGUCAUGUGGAGGGGGUUAAGAAACUGGUGGAGAUAAUGUCCGAAGAAGAAAUCUUGUCUCAAGAUGAUCGUGGUUGCACAGCUCUUGCCUAUGCUGCCUACUUUGGAAAAACGGACAUUGCAAAAUGCUUAACUACAAAGAACAGGACAUUGCUCACAAUCCGAGACACAGAAGGAAAGAUUCCAGUGGCGUGGGCAUGCGUCCAACGCUUCAAGGAAACAACACUCUAUCUCUACUUUCAGACUCUGGAAUUCCUAGCUCCGGACAAAGGCGAGGAUGGUUCCUUAUUCCUCCAUUUUUGUAUGCUUAAUGAAAUGCUUGGUAAGAGUCUUAAUUAUAUACCUACAUAGAUUAUAAGAUAUAUAUUGGUUAAAUUCAAUAAAUAAUCUUGUCUUUU